CGGCGGCCGGGUAGUGGUUGCCCUGGCAUCAGCGAACGGGGAGGCGGCGGCCGCGCUGUGCCGCCGCUGGAGCCUCCCGGAGCCGGGAGCCGCCUAAGGUGGGCAAGGAGCAGCAGAAACGCCCGGGGAGAAGCGGCUGAAGGAACCCCGCCAGGAUGAGGGACCGUCUGGCCGAGCUGGCAUCGCGCACUCAAAACGAAGAUGGAGAAGCGACGGUUGUCGUCGAGAGUGACCAUUACAUGGAAGACUUUUUCCUACAGGUUGAGGAAGUUAGGAAAUAUAUCUCUAAAAUCUCAGAUGUUGUAGAAGAAGUGAGGAAGAAGCACAGCGUCAUCCUCUCGGCCACACAUCCAAAAGAUAAAACGAAGGAAGAACUCGAAGAACUGAACAAAGAAAUCAGAAAAACAGCCAAUAUCAUCCGUGUUAAAUUGAAGUCCAUGGAACAAAGUUUAGCUCGAGAGGAGAACAUCAAUCGAACCUCUGCAGAUGUCCGGAUACGAAAAUCACAGCAUUCAGUGUUGACCCGGAAGUUUGUGGACGUUAUGACGAUGUAUAACGGAACUCAAACCAUCUUCCGGGAACGCACGAAAGACCAGAUACGCCGUCAGUUGGAAAUAACUGGAAAGACCACCACGGAUGAGGAGCUGGAAGACAUGUUGGAAAGCGGCAAUCUUUCCAUUUUCACUUCGGACAUCAUUUUGGACACCAAACUAACCAGAGCAGCCGUCGAUGAAAUUGAGUCACGUCAUAAAGAUAUUAUAAAACUGGAAUCGAGCAUACAGGAAUUGCACGAAAUGUUCAUGGACAUGGCAAUGCUGGUGGAGGUUCAGGGCGAAAUGGUCAACAGCAUCGAGAAGAACGUGAUGAACGCGGUGGAUUACGUAGAACACGCCAAGGAAGAGACCAAGAAGGCCGUCAAAUACCAAAGUAAAGCUCGUAGAAAAAAAUGGAUUAUUGUCAUUGUUGUGCUGGUGCUGUUAGCUCUACUAGCUCUAAUAAUUGGCUUGGCUGUUGGAGUGCCGUGACGCUUAGAUAACUGUCCGUGAGCAACUUCUCCCUGCUACCUCUCAAAAUUGAUGUUCAUGCUAAUUUGUGUCACUCUCUUGAUUGUUAUCGUUGGAAUUAUCCUAGCAGCACACUUCUCCUAGCCUUUAUUCGGAGGUUGGGAAUCUCCUUGAAACUCUUCCAACUUCUCAUCAAGAUGCCUUUUCUUGCCAUAACGAGGAUGUUCUGUUUUCCAAGAUGGCAAAAUUAAGUAGUUGUUUAAGGAUCUUGUAGGACUCUUCACGCUUUGAUAUCUGUAGACCUGAAUCAAACAUGAAGGAAGCUGGAAAAACCUCCGAGAUGGACUCAUUUAAAGGCUGCUUUAAUUUACAUACAUGCAAAUAUAUAUAUAUAUAUAUAUAUAUAUGAUGAGUUGCAAAGCUUCCAGCCCAUCAGUGUUACCAGUUGGAAAUGGGUAGAAUUCAUCACCCAGAAAACCAGAGAUCUCAAAAUUUUUGUCUUGUUUGAAACUAAAGCAGCCAUAAAUGCAAUUGACUGUAGCCCUAAACACUACAUUUCAGAGGUAUGUUUCACGAUAAUAAUUGCAUUUUAUUUUUUAAAGCAAAGAGGAUUGAGAUUGGGGGCAUAAAAUUAUUUUCUCUUCUCUCCGGUUUUUGUGCCUUUUUAAAAUCAUCUUAAAAACUGCUGCAUAAUAAACAAAAUGUUUUUUAACGUUUUAAUCGCUUCAAGGACACAGGGUGGGGGAAUCUUUAAGUGCCUCCUUUUUUAGCGGCGAAUCUGCGAACGGUUUUUGAGAAACGUCAGCACUGUCGUUAAAUAAUGUUAGUUUACUCCUGGUCCCAGACUGAGACAGUUCACACAUAAAGCUGGGGCAAAAUCAGGGCUAGAGUUAAGUCUUUAUGCUCAACUGUCCUCCAGCUGAGCAAAAACUAUUUUGUUGUUGUUGUUGUUAAUACAGAAGGUAGUUUGGCGUUACAUUUGAGCCAGCGAUCCUAGUUUAUGAUCUGAAACAGAGCAGCAAAUUAGCCCAGGGCUUGAAAUUGACACGACUUGAGCAUUGACCAAAAGUUUGUUUGAAACCAUCUUGUCCACUGACGUUUGCAAUAAGCCAGUUUAGUUGCCUCAUAAGAUGAAAUUAACCUUGACUUGAAUCCUUGUGAGCCUUCAGAGGACGAAGAAAGCGUGCAGGAAUCACAAUUUUCAGUUCUGUGCAAAGCUAACACUAAACCCAGCUUUAGCGUCACGAGUGAACCGAAGCCUUCCUCAUCUUAAAAGGUAUAUUUUGACUGUGAAGUUUCAUUAAGCUAUUUUGUUUUGUUCUAAUUUCAGAUUUAUUUAUUUUUUCUUUCUAAAGCCUCAGAAAGCACGACAUGGUUGAGAUGAGCGCGGGGUGGGUUGCACCUGAUUUUAAGCUGCCUUUGAGAAGGGCCUUUUUGCUGUAUCUUUGAACCCCUUCAGUUAAAGAACUGGAGAAAGGCCCGUUUUGUGUGAAACAAGUUCUCGUGUGCGAUGCGAGUUUGCACAGUUUCUGCAGCUCUCCAUAAAUUUAGCAAGGCAACUGCAGAAAAUGAAUUUUUAGGUUGCACACACAAGUCUAAUAAGGGAGAACGAAGAGGCCUUCAAGCUGAAUUUUAUUAAUUCGCCUAAGCUGGAAUAUGAAAGGAAGGGGCUUACUUACUAAUGGAGUAAAAUUGGGAUUGCAUUUACAGCUUUUGUCUAAAGUGCAUUCAAGUCCUUAACUUUCUUGUUGCAAACCAGCUGAGGAAUUAUGACGAACCUUGGUCAUUAUCUUUUUAAGGCUUGCGUCUUAAAACAAACCCUGAUUUUGUUGGGAGAGGUGACUCCAAAAGUUGAUGUGGUUUGCAAAGAUCUCAGUUUAAUGGUAGUUAGUUGCACUGAAGUCCCGCAGACUUUAACGGGGACAUAUUUCCCUCUAGAUUUGAACCUGAAAUGUCCAGCUGUUAAGAAUUUUUAAAACAAUUCAGAGGCAACCAAAAUAAGUUGUGUCUUAACCUCGCUUAACUUUUUUUUUGUUUUUGUUUUGGUAUGGUAUUAUUCCUGUAAAUAUAUGUACAUGUAACUGUGUUUUUGCUUUCUUAUUGUUAAAAUAUAUAUGUAGCUAUUUAUGCCGAGAAUGAAAUAAAUUGUGAUAGGUGCCUUAUUUGUUUUUUAACAAAA